CGUCGCCGCAGCAGCUACGGCAACAACGGGAGCAGCUGCCGUAUUGGCAGCAUCGGUAGCAACACAACGGUAGCAGCGGCACCACCAGUGACAGUGGCUAUCACAAACGCAGAAGCGGUGGCAGUUAAUUGGCAUUCGCCUACUUGCAAAGCAUACCUACGCGUGGACGCGCAAUAACCCCGUCGCCAAAGUAGCACUGAUCGAUUCGGAGUGUAGUGAAUAAACCGCGGUAGCAUCAAUGUCCUAUCCGGUUCCGAUUGCCUGCGAGAUCUUACACUUAGCCGUGGAUUAAUUCGCAGGCCAUACGCCACGUCGAAACGGUUCAGAUAAUAGCUUCAGCCUACAAGCCAAACUGGCGGAGCAGUACUGUGAAAUUGGGUGUGAAUUCGUACGAUCGAACAGCAAAAGUGUUGAAAAUUAUUUCAGAUUAUUUAAAAUGUAAAAACGAAUUUUUAUGCGAGUUCCAAAUGUGUUGUGAAUUGAGUUAAACAAAGGGAGAUUGUCUAAAUAUUCGAAAUCUUAUUUAAAUUCACAGCUAAAAGUGUCCAUGAGAAAUGAAGUGUGGUGUCCUUUCAUCAGCUGGAAAUCGACACAAUCGAUCCAAUUGAUUUUUUAUUGUGUUUAAUGAACUGAAUGCAAAUUUAUAAAGUUUGUGUGCUGUAAUUGACACAUGUAUGUGUGUAUUUUAUAUUUAACUUCAAAUCGGUGUGAGAAGUUCGAGAGCAUAGCGGAUUUGUAGUUAUUGUUAUAGCUUUUGUUACACUUACCGCCGCUAAAAAUUGCAAAACAUUCGUGGCCUGGAAUAGUAUGCGAAUUUGUUCACAGUGGAUUCAACGAAUAAAAUGGCCGUUGGACCGACGGAGGGCAAGCAACCUCCCUCAGAGACAUUCUCGCCCACACACCAAAUUAUAGCACCGAGUCCGAUCUUGGCUGUGCCAACGCUCGCCUUCUCCGCCGCACAAGUGGAAAUUGUCUGCAAAACGCUGGAGGACUCGGGGGACAUAGAGCGUUUGGCGCGCUUCCUCUGGAGUCUACCGGUGGCCUUGCCGAAUAUGCAUGAAAUAUUGAAUUGUGAAGCCGUACUCAGGGCGCGAGCGGUUGUUGCUUAUCACGUCGGAAAUUUCAGGGAGCUUUAUGCAAUAAUAGAAAAUCAUAAAUUUACAAAAGCCUCUUAUGGCAAAUUACAAGCAAUGUGGCUCGAAGCCCACUACAUUGAAGCGGAAAAAUUGCGCGGCCGAUCACUAGGUCCUGUGGAUAAAUACCGAGUGCGAAAGAAGUUUCCUCUACCACCUACGAUCUGGGAUGGUGAACAAAAGACACAUUGCUUUAAGGAGCGAACGCGAAGUUUGCUGCGUGAGUGGUACCUUCAGGAUCCGUAUCCGAAUCCGACAAAAAAGCGUGAAUUAGCGAAAGCAACCGGCCUCAAUCCAACUCAAGUGGGGAACUGGUUCAAAAACCGGAGGCAGAGGGAUCGAGCUGCUGCUGCCAAAAAUAGAAUACAACAUAAUCAAAAUAAUUCUGGACUCAUUUGCCGCAGUCGCCGGCCGGAUGGAGCACCAUCCCCGAUAGCAUCAGAUACAUCGGACUCAGAUAUUUCACUGGGCACCCAUUCACCUGUUCCUAGUAGUAUUCAGCUACAGCAUAGUCCUGGCUCCACAUCGAACGGUGCUAACGAUCGCGAAGAGAGUCUCAGUGUCGAUGAUGACAAACCGCGUGACUUGGCCACCUCCAUUGCGGCUAGUAAUUUGGUAGCAGCAUCCACAUACGCCACAGCAACACCAUUAUCCACCUGCUUGCCACCAUUUAAAUUGGACACAGCGACCAGUCUCUUCAAUGCCGGUUGUUAUUUACAAAGUUUUAGUAACCUCAAAGAAAUGUCUCAGCAAUUCCCCAUUCAACCGAUCGUCAUUAGACCACAACCACAAUUGCCGGGGCAGGCGCACGGCUUGAAUGGCAGUCACCUGCACGCCGCCAUAAACUAUCCGCCACCAGGUUAUGCGGUGGAUUGCACACCUCCAAAAAUACGUGUCAAUUCUCCAGAAAAACUCAACUCGACAGCCAACAGCAUAGCGGCCACCUUAAGUACCGUUGCGGCGUUGCAGGACACCUCGGCAUAUCAGCACCAUCAUCACAGCGCCCAGCUCUUGCAUCGACCAUUCUCUACGUCACCGGAUUUGCCGCUCAACAACCACAAUGCCGCACCGCCGGAGAUCACAUGAUACACCAGCCGCAGGCACCCAUACAAGCACUAAUACUAGGCACCACUUCAAUUAGUAGAUCUUCGCUCUCGCUCUCUCUCUCAACAGAGGCACACAAGUUUGCAGAAUCCAAAUAAGGGUGUUACAUUGAAUGAAUCAGGCAUUUUAGAGAGCCAGUCAACAAUUUCACAAUGAAUUAUAGUUUUCGGCGAGCGAAUAGUUUACGCCUCUUUCAGACAUCAUAGAUUAUACAUAAAGCUAUUAUUUUUCAAUUCAAAAACUCUUGUUCGAUUCCUCCAGAUUUUAGAAUGUUUUAGACAUUGUAGGACAUUGCACUAAAGCUGAAUGCAAUAGUCUGGUUUAUAUCUUAUGUAUUUACAUGGAUGCUCUCUGACUGUUUCACUUGGCUAACGGUUUUAUAUACAGAGGAAUGAUUCUUAGACGGUUAAGUUUUCAUAAAUUAUUUUUAUCUAUCAAUUUAAUCUAUGGAAAAUAGCGAUAUUUGUUACAAAUGCAAUUAUUCGGAAUAUAUAUAACUUCACUUCUUAAACUAACUGAGUUGUAGCGAAUUAUCUUUGUACUCCACCUGGUUCGAAAAGUUCGAUUUAUUUAUAAGUUUUUGUGAAACAUUUUCAGCAAAAGUUUUGUGAAAGACAAAAUUUGUAAGUAGAAUCUUCCAAGGAUAUACUUAAGUAGUCUCUGAGUGUAUUUGAAAAUCAAGCCAUCUUCUCUGUCAGGUUAAACAAAAUCUUUCUUCGAACCUUCAUGUCCGUAAUUAGGAUUGCAAUGUUGUUACCACAUUCACAUAAUUAUUUCAAGAAUAUUCCUCGCAUAUUAUUUUUUAUAUGUUGCUGACUUAAAAGUUUAGAAACAUGUGUCUGAGUGUUGAUGGAAGUUCCACAGACAUUAUCCGCGUUUUGAGACUUGAAAAAUAUAUAUGUUAAUUUUGCAUAUUAUAUUUGUUUUAUGCGUACAUUGACUUUUAUAUUUCGGGAUUCAAAAACCAAAACAAAUUUUAAUCGUCGCGAAACGCUUUAAUGUUUUUAAACAUAUUCUCCAUUAAGACCAACAUGCUGUUUCGAUUCCAACUUUCGAAGAACUUUUGCCACUCUCAUUGAAGUAUCUUGAAAACAUGCGUUUUGAACGCAUUACCCGCUUCAUCCGGUGUCGAACCUAUCAGUUUAUCUCUUACGUAUUAAAUGUUUGCUGUUCCCACUUAUGCCUAUAAUUGUCGCUAACUCACAAAUUAUAAAGACAACCUACGUACCCGCCGAAGUAUUUUUCUUAUAGGCUUUAAGUCUAAGGAUACACUCCUAGUUAGACCUCUACUUAGCCUACCCCUAACAGCGCCAUUUUAGAUUUAACUGGCUUUACCGAUGAGAACGAUUCUUCUUUUUGUCUUGCCUCAAAUAAUUUCGUUUAUUCGGUUGCGAUGAAAGGCGAUGAGUCAGGAUAAGUCGGAAGUGGGUAUGGUGCAAAGAAUCCCGGACAUAAUCGCAAACAACCGAACAAUUAAUUUAAUUUUAAAAGAUGAUUCAACUAAUGUUGUUAAUAACUCAGCUGCGGGUAGUGACCUAAGAUAAAUCUGUGAAUAUACCCAUAGGAGAAUAGAGCAAUUUAAGCAAAUUUGUGUACCUUUUCUGGUCAAAUACAUCAAACACAAGACAACAAUCCAAAUGAAUAAAAAAUUACGCGUUUUCCACUCCGCGGUAAUUGCUCUAAUAUACAUACAUACAUACUUUAGAUGUUAGUUCACCAUAUGCAAUGUUACCAUUCACUGUACAGCAUGAUUUCGUUAUUUCAUUAAAAUAUUGGUUACUAUGUCUGUAUGUACAUAUGUGCAAAGUUGCGAUUUCGAUGUAAAUAAAUAUGUAAAUGACGGAGCUGGUAUUUCGUGAUCCAAUGAUUCUAAACUAUAUAAUCAAAUUAACUAAUUCAUAUCCCCAGUCACAUGCAUGCAUCCACACACACACACACCCAUACAUGAACAUACAGAUAAGAUAGAAGUUUAUGGCGAAGCGAUUUGAGUGAAUUGUUAAUAGUUUUGCAUCGCUCUACUCAAAAAUAAAUUAAAUUACCAUUAUUUAAUCUACUUAUAUAUUCGCAUAAUAUAGCAUUAGCAGUUCGAUUAUUCCUAGUUAUUGAUAGUUUGAAGGUAUCAUAUGUUUUCUUUUGAAAUUACUUUUUGCUUUGCUCACUGUAGCUCGUUUGUAGGAAAAGUAAGCAAAAUUUCGAAAGUUGAAAUCAAAAAUAUAUUCGAAAAUAUGUACGUAAAUCGUAUGUUAAUUUUGAGUGAGUCAAUGUAAAUAGAUUAUAAGAUCCAAAAAUAUACUAUAUAUAUAGCUUAUCAUUAGAAUGCAAUA